AUGGCGGUCCUGACGUGCCAUUUUCGGCACCUGCCACAUCGGGUAAUUCUCGGCCACGCCAUCCCUCGCCGUUCUUGCCAGCCCAUAAAUGAGCGCCCGCCCCGCCCCAUGCGCCAAUGUACCUCGAACCCCAGCCACACCCAUAGUCCACGACAUUCGCCCAGCGUCAACAUUCUACUCCCUUUCGCGAUUAUCAACCACACGAGAAACCACGGCUUUUUCUUACAACAGCUUAACCCGGUGCUUGGACGGCAGAGGUAUCUGUUUCCCGUUACCUGCACUCGUUGUGCCUCUGCCAAGUUCAGCGCGCCUUGCACAUUCAUUGCCGUUUAUGGUGACCUGUUCACCGCUAUUUGCUGGACGCCUCGCAACCCCGUUGCCGAUUCUCGGGGGUUCUUCUUACCGUCCGCCUCGCAUUUUGCCUCGCCUUCCCGUUCCUCUCGCCUCAAUCUCGACCCAAAAUUACUUUUGAGAGUAAUUCAAGGGCUCGAGGGAGUCAGGGAUAAGGCACGGGAUCACACUACUGGUCAACACUGGUUCGGCGCACUACUCCGAGUUCUCGGCAUUAUUUCGUUGCGGCCGCAAGCCGCAGGUGACUCGCCGCGUUCCUCAUGCCCAAAAAUUGCCGCUUCUGGCAUCACGACAAGCGCCCGCGAGAUUACCCCUGGGGGUCCAUCCUCGGGCGAAAGGACGCAGGGCGUGACCGAGAAAUUGCCGUAUUUAGCAAUUUUCAGGUCUUCAACCUUGGCCAGCAGUCGAGGAUUGCCGAAAGGGGCAAGAGACAGCGCAUGUUACGGAGAUUGGCGUCUGGCCGCGCUACUGGUCAAGCAACGAUGGGCUCUGUCUCACUGGGAGUCUCUGACACGAGAAACUAUCGCUUACGCCGAUAGAAUUCCCUUUGCUACCGCCGAUGACGGUCUCGUAUGUACGAGGAAAGUAUGCCAGCCGGGACACGUACACCCUGCGGCUACGCCGGUGGUCACUGACCUGACCAUCACACCCCUGAGACGACCUGCUUCUCAGGGGCUUGGGUCAGCUCCCGCUGGCUUCUCGGCUUCUUUGCCAGAGUACAGCAAUUCGGAGUCGCCGCAAACGAUGGCGGAGCUGGCCAUGGCAUUGCUAUCUACCAACGGACGGGAUCGAUUUCCGCGCAGAAUCUCUGAAGAUGAGAAGGGAGGGCUCGCCGACGAGAUUGCCCCGUUGGAAUUCUUUCAUGCCAUGGACAGACUGCCGACCCUCGAACCUGAAUGCGUACCAAGUAACUGCCGAGCGGCUUCCGGAGUCAACAAAAUUGCUCGAAGAGGCAAUUUUCCUCUCGGCUGUGCUGAUCGUUCUGGUGUGCCUGGUUUGCCUUUGACAAAGUGUUGCGAACGUCAAUCACGUUGCAUAUACGAGACGGAAGGCAUCGGGAAGGCUGAGCACAGCUCGGCGCGCCGGCACAAAUUCCCUAGACAAUCGACACCUCCGCCAUCAGUCCUGCCCAAUCCCAACAGCUUGAAAACAUCAUGCGUACGAGGUAGUAUCCUGACGGAUCGUGCGGUUGAUCCUGCACAAUCAAGGGGCCACCUUCAGGAGAGAGUUGAGCAGGCUCGAUUGGUGGUCAGUCUCAGCUGGACAGGCCUCACACGGUGCAAUCAUCAGUCCGAGAGUUGGCGUCAACGGCUGAAUUCCUAUCCCCGUCCGACAACUAUGAUUCACGACGCCAGGAGCGAUCCUGGCGGGCUUAGAGCUGCAGGUUACUGUGUCAAUGGCCAUGAUACGCCUGACAGUUGUCCUGUCACGACUAUCCUGAAAGCGGAAGAACGCCGCCAGCGCUUCAGGGGCAUAUCCGAGGUUGAGAGUGAAGAAUACGCGCCAUCAGGGGUUCACAUGGCAGAGGCGUUGCUCAGAAGCGGUGUGACUACCGCGAACUGGUUCCAGUCCGCUCAGACUCAAACAAAUUAUUCCUCAUUCACCGACAUGGCUCAAUCUCACUUCAGAAGAACUCAUGACGUGCAUUCAUAUGCAAAGUUCUAUCAAGAAAACGAGCGUAAACAGAUGCUGCGCGAAGAAAAGAAACGUCAACGCAAGCGCGAGGAGCAGCGAAAGCAACAGCAAACAUUAACACUCAAUUCAACAGCGCUGACAACGUCACUCGAGCGAGAUAUCAGGGGCUCAAUUGUGUCAGAGAAUCAGACCUCAAGCUAUACGUCGGAUGGUCCUCCCGACUUCCCUCUCCGUGUCGACGAACCAAAUCCCAAUCUCAUUGAGGCUCUCGCGACAGGCGAGUCAUACGACGGCGAUGCUUUGGGCGAUCUCGCACAUACAAGGCGACCUUUUGCCUCGAGAUCCGAGAUCGAUGGUUUUACAGCGGAAACCGGCAAAUACACCACACAUGAUGGCAUCAAGUUUCCGGAACACUGGUCGCCUUGUGCCUCUGUACUUUCUCAGCCUCCCACAGGAUUGACCUCACAGGAAAUCGCAGUUGCCUCUCCACCAAACAAGCAGCCUCUGGCUCUCGGUCCAGUUAGAUCUUCAACCGGACAACUUCGCCUGGCAGUUCGUGUUCCAAAUGACGUGAACGAAUGCACUGCCCAAGACAAGGAGAGGAGCGAGAACAGCGACACCUGCGGAAGCAGUGAUGAUGACGGCUCAGCCAACGACGAUAACGGGAUCUCUGAUGAUGACGACAACGAUCGCGAGAGCUUUUCUUCGAACGGAGCGGUUCGGGAACCUCGAAUUACGGAUCGACACUGGCCGAUGACCUUCUCAACAAGCAACUCGGCGGCGCUUGACCCUGCGAAGAGCCCACUAUACGCAUCAAGUCCUGUUUCCAAUUUCUCCGUCGAUGAUGUCGCCGCUUCACUGGGCAUAGCGGAAGAAUAUCAACCAGACAUUUCUGCGCUUCCUACUCCAUCCUCAGAUCACGCCUCCGUCUCACAGCAAGGUGGUGAUGCCGUCACUAGUCGGAGAAAACGAGGUCACGAGGCAAGUGAAAAUGGUCAUGAGAGCGACGAUCUUUGCCUUCCUAAACGAAAGAGAUCACGAGAUCCCAAUAAGACGACUGCAAUAAAGGCUCUUCCAGCGAGAACUUUGCGCGCACUACCUUCUCGAGUCUUGGCAGAGAAGCCACGCAGGAGGGGCGUUCCAGCCCAGUGCGAAAGACAUAUCCAGCGCUCCUCAAGAUCAAAGCCACGAUCUCACGCCUCUAGCUCCAUGAGUUGUCACGAUGUCCAACCGCACCUUGAUGGGCUUCCCUCACUGGACGUGGAUAAUGCCUCAAAUAGAGGGAAGCGGACGAGAGCACAGCGGGGGCGAUCGCAAACUAUGCCUGAGGCAACUUCGCCGCGUUCGUCUCAUUCCAACCAUCCUUCAGGAAAACCUAGUCCUCAGAAGAAUGGACGAUUUUGCCUCCCUCCUGCGGCCAUCACAGUGAAUUCAUCCUCAGCCACAUGUCACACCUGUGGCUUCUCUGCAGAGUAUUUGCUGCAGAUAAGCGAUACCGUCGAGACUCUUACUCGAAGUGGUGCUGAGCUGGCUGGCAAUGCAAAGCAAUCAGACAUUCUUCGGCUGUUCCUCGGGUUCGUCAGAGAUUAUGCUACUAAGAGGCUUCCACAUAAGGCAACAAUCACGGGAAAUAGCGAACCCUACAAUGGGACAAAUCAAGAACAGAUACGGGAGGCAACUGUGGGGCUGCCAAACUCCGAGACAGUCAAAGAUGAUGAAAGCUCAAAUGGCAACUCUGAAGACAACGACAGCGAAAGCGAAAGCAUGAGUUUCGAUCGUAGUGAUAGCCCUGAUAUCCCUGAGCAAAAGAGCAAGAGACCUAAGCGUCUUCGUUGGACACCCUUGGAUGAAUUACGCCUGCGCGCAUGGGUUCAAGAGGAAAAGGAGUGGUCAUGGAUUGCUGGUAAGCUGCAGCGAAGUGAGCAGGGUGCCUUUCAACACUGGACUAUCAUGAAGAAAAGGUCGGAGGAACUGGGAAAGACCGGUUAUAUAGUCACGGAGAUUUCCGCGGAACCGGAUCCCACAGAUGCAGAAUCGUCAGCGCAGUCGGUGACAUCAGUCGCCCGGAGUCUGAUGGCCACACUUUGUGACAAGAGAGAGACGGUCAGACGAGACCGCAUCCGCACCCAUCCUCAACCCAAGCCCUUUCCACUGCUCCUUGAUCCGAAUCAGUGCCCUGAUUGUGUUGGGGAUUGCAGGUUUUCGCCAGAAGAAUGGACGUUCAAGUACUGCUGGCCAACGAUCAGAAAUGACCACUUUGACGACCAGCAUCUGGUAGAACGAGAGCGUGCUGUACAACGUGGCGAUCCCAUUCGGCGCAACCAUCCUCAAUGUUACGAUGACCCAAAUUUCGAGACACUAGAUGCGUUCAGACGGCACGUACAGACCUCCCAUGGCGUUGCGCUUAGGACAUCAGGCCCGGUUAUGCAAAGGCGAUCAAAGAAGGACAAGCGGGGCACCGAGGACAGAGCCCUUGUGACAGCAGCACAAAAAGCGCCAAUUGAUCUGGAGCUAUCCGCCGGCGGCGGCUCUGCUCACUUUUACUCGGGCCGACGGGAAGCCGAUUCGACUACCAGAAGCAUGCCUAGGCUGUGA